AUGUCCCGACGCUUCCGGACCCACAUAGCCCGCUCUCUCGCCUCCCUCCUCCUCUCCUCCGACUCCACCAACCCGCCAGAAGCCCUCGACCCCCACCUCCUGCCCCUCGUAAUAUCCAACAAGCACAAAGAGGCCGACGCCUCCGCAACCCCGUACGCAAUCUCCAUCCACCACCUCCUCCGCCUCCUCCCCACCCUUCCCUCCAUCUACACCCUAAACCCGGAACUCACCUCCAUCCAUGCCGCCCCAGACCUCGCCCACGCCAUCGCCGCCUCCUGGCCGUGCGAUGACCAUGUCGAGGGCGCGGCGGCUGCGGGGGGGUUUGUCAAUUUCACAGUGUGCAGAGGAACGUUCAUGAAGGUUGUGUUGACGGAGUUGGGCGCGGGGCGGAUUGUGUUGCCGGAGAUGGACGAGAACCCAGGGGAUAGGAGGAAGGUGGUGAUGGUAGAGUACGCUUUGCCUCCUCCCGGGCGUUUGUAUGAGGCGACGCAUUGGCGGUCAGCAGUAGUUGCAGGGUUUGUUGUACGCGGGUCUAGGGCGCGUGGGUGGGACGUGAGGAGUCGAAGUCGGUGUUUGGGGGAUGCGGGUGAGGAGGUGAGGUUUGAUGUCGAUGUGGGUGCGUUGGGAUCUGUAUCUGGAGACGAGGUGCUUUGGGCUUUGCGGAAGGCGGUGGUCGAACAGGGAUCAUCAUCGACGGCCACGGAGGUCGAUUGGGAUAUAUGGCGGGCUUGGCAAGCCGCCCAUCAAUCGCACCUGAACAGCAUAUCCUCCCCUCUCUGCGUAACCCUCGACUGCCCCACCACCUUCCACGCAAGCUCUAUCAUCACCGCCACCGUAGCCACCCUCACAGCGCUAGGCGGCCCCAAAUCCACCUCCCAAACCCUCGACCUCACCCCCUACAACCUCGGCACCCUUCCCCUGCUCACCGCCACCAACCGUCCAACCCGAGCACUGCGCGACAUCAUCCUCGCCCUCCAAGCCGCCGAUCAGGGAGUCACGGACGUCUACUGCGUGUCCAAGAUGGGCCGGCGGUACGCGAUCGACCAGGUGCAGAUGGCGACGCGGUUACUCGGGUGCGGUGUCGUGCUCACAGAUAUCCCUGUAGCGGCGAUCGCGGGCAUGGCGGCGUUCGACGCCCCGCGAACGACCGACGUGGUAUCCUCGACAACGUAUAUCUCGCGUACGACACGGUGGAUGCACCGCAUCAUGGCAGAUCGACUCCCAGACGAGGAGGGGGACGCGGACCGUGACGCCCCCACAGCAUCAGCAACCCCGCGCGCACUAGCCCUCACAACCCUCCAAACGCACACCCUCGCCCCCAAACGCACCACCGCCUUCACAUUCGCCUGGCCCGCCCUCCGCGCAGGAUCCGACGUCGGCGUGUAUAUCCAGUACACCCACGCUCGGCUCACCUCCAUCCUCGCCCACGUGCCCCGUUCAUCACACCCCCCACAAUCGCAAGCGGGCGACCUCGCCACCGCUCGGGAGGCAUACGCCCUCGUACACCUCCUCUCCCGCUACCCCGCCGCCCUACGUACAGCCAUAGCUGCCCACGAACCCGCGAUCCUGCUCACCUACCUCGUCGAGCUGUGCACGAAAGUUGGGGGGGCGUUGGGCGGGUUGAGGGUGAAGGGGAUGAGGGCGGAUGUGGCGAGGGCGAGGGGGCAGGUUGUGAGGGUUGUGAGGGGGGUGGUGCGGGAGGGAUUGGCGGUGUUGAGUGGGGUGCACGGGGUGGAGAGGAUGUGA